AUGGUCAUGGGGAGAGCUGAGGAAGGAGGGGGGAAGAGAAUGCAUAGAGGUGCCAUUGUGCCUAUGUGGCGGCUUAAAGUCAUCAAUGGGUGCCAACGCAACGAUGAUCUUCUUCUUCCUGUCGAACCGCAGCCGUCGUUGCUGAAGUCGUUCUACACGCACUGGCACGACGAAGACGAGGAACGCCACAUAGCGACGGACCACACGGAACCGGAGCGCACAUCGCACGAUCCAUGCGAUGAGAAUAAAACGAGACGGUCGAGAGGGAAAAAGAAGCAGCCGCCCACUGCCCGUCGUCGUGUGAUCACCUCACGUAAUUGGCUUCAGAAAAUCCCGCAUGUCGCUUUGGGCCGACAUACGUGUCUGCCAAGGGCGUUCCGAUUGCGUCACACCUGCGUGAGUCGGUUGCACUGUCGUGUCGUUUACGUGGGAGAUGCCGCAACACACAAGCAGCUCUUGUCAAGAUAUCCUUCUACGAGGCGAGGACACGCAGCGAGUCCCAAGUGUGACACCGUCACUGUGAAAGACGAAGAGACCAUAAAGAUUGGUGUGAAGGACGACUCAACUUCCUUUAAAGGGCCAUAUUACUGUUUGAUUCAUUUUGGAUCCAACCCGCUGUAUGUGAAUGACAGGCCUCUGCUCUCUGGCGAGAGUUACCGUCUGUGCGAAAAUGAUGUUGUGGCGUUCCUAGAAAAUCCCUUUGAUGAGGAGGGUGGCGUACUUCAACCACUGCAGCCAGAGGAUGCAGCGAGACAUGAUGACGCAACGAAGGGCGAAGGGAAACCAGAAGACAUGAACGCUAUCCAUGGGAAUUCCAAAGUGGAAAUGAUGCCCACCGCUCGUGCUCUGUUUGGCAGCACGAGCACAAAAAAAAUGGCGAAAGCGGCGGUGGAAUUAUCCACAUCGUCGCACGCAUUUGAAGUCUGCGAACGUGCAUGUGUUUUUCCAGUGUUCGUGGAGGUGAACGGGGUGCGAAUUGCGCGGUAUCGACCGCAGCAUGUGCCACCCGACGUCCUUCAGCGUUUCGGUAAGGCAAAAACAGCCGCAGCAUCCACAACAAUUUCUGCUGGGGCCGCGCCAAGGAGAAAUCCACCCCUCGUUGUCGAACAUGAGCGUCUUGGGGGUAGCUUGAAUCACGAGUACGGCAGUUAUAAUGUGCAUGAGGAUGAAGUGAAAAUAGAUUUUGUAAAAGGAUCAAAGAGUCCAGUUCAGCGUGCAGAACCCAGCGUGGGGCUCGCAUGUCUCGCACGGAGGAAUGGUGAUUCCUUUACGCCACCACCCAAAUACCCCUGGGAGAACAUGCAACAAGACCAAGUUGAAGAAGGCGUUGAUAUCGUUGGGGAUGUUGUGUCACCGCUGCAGCAGCGACUAGUGCCAUCGCCUCUGCGGGGUGGCAGUACUCGUGUCUCCAAGACACCGGAAGUGAAAAGUCCUUUCGCCGCCAAUUCCAUUCAUGCGUCGUGCGGUGAUGAAGAAGAGCCACCACCGGCACCACGAUUUACCAUCGUUCCCCCGCGGCUGCCUGUGUACGUCUUUGCGAGACGCAGCCCGAGUCCGGUAGAAUUUACGUGCCAAGCCCAUUCCAUUGGUCGCUUUCAGCCGCGACAACCAAAGGAGGCAAAGGAAGAAGAAGAAGGGGAGGGAGAGGAAGAGGUGGAGGAAAAACAACAUGAAGAAGUAGAAGUCACAGACACGACGGCAAGGACGUCCCGGUCGGAGAUGGUGAUGAUGGAGUGGGUGCAGGAAGACCCGGCGGAGGUGACGGCGACGGUGCCGCAAGGCCGUCUUGGGCGUGUGAAUUCCCUGCGAAGGAAACGUCAACGUCGGUCGUUAUUCACCAGAACACGAUGA